AUGGCCCUGCAGACACCCCGGCAACCGCGCAGCGGCCUACAGCGGCCUAGCUUUGGCAACACCAAUACAGCAUCCUCGCCGAAUUUGAACGCCUCACUCAGCGCGAGCACCUCGAUCAAUCGCAAGGCCAGCUUGAAUGUCUUGACCGGUGGCUACUCAGAUCCCAAGACACCGAUGACCAGCAAAAUGGAUGCCGACUUGGAGGUGGGCGAUUUGGUGAAUGUGCCAGGUGACAUGUAUGGAACUGUCAAGUUUAUCGGCAACGUCAGAGGCAAGACUGGGAGAUUCGCCGGUGUCGAACUUGAAAAGGAGUUUGCAGUUCGAGGCAAGAAUGACGGAGACGUGGAUGGCGUACACUACUUCACGACUUCAAUACCCGGAGCUGGCAUUUUUCUGCCCGUCCACCGAGCUGAGCGGCGAGACUCGCCGGCGCUCUCGCUCGACAACUUUCCCGCCACGCCUGGCACGCCUUCACAUCGCUCCAAAGGCGACGCUAGAAAUACACCACCGAUCCCUGGGAUGCCCCUGAAGUUCUCGCAGUCAGUCGGUCCAGGAGUGCGACCGAGCAGCCCAACCUUCAAAGCCAGUCGACCUUCCCUUCCGCGUCCCGAAUCGCCCUUGCGGAGGCAAGCUCCUGUCCUGGCGCCUACGCCCGCGCGCACCUUAUCCUCAAGUACACGAGGCGCCCGACCCGCACCUCCAGUGAGCAGCCCGAACAAGAGCACGUUCCGAGCGUCUACCAACAGUCGCCCAUCGACAUCACAUGGUCAAUCCGCUCGUCCGUAUUCGAGGACGGGGUCGCGGUUGGGCAGCCGGCAAGAAGCCGACGAGGAAAAGACACCCGUGCCCAACACGAACGGUCGCAAUGGCAGCAUCGCGUCCGCUCCGUCCUUCGCCCAGCCCGGGCGUCCGUCGUCUCGGCUCGGAAGCGUUGGCGGAUCUGAUUCGGAAAUCCUUCGUCUCAAGACCGAGCUGGCGGAACGCGACAGACGACUCGCUGAGCAGGCUGCGAGUUUGUCGGACAUGGAGGCCAGCGUCAAAGAGCUAUCCGGAUUGUUGCCGACCGAUGGACCCACGCCGAACAGCGCAUAUUCUUUCUCGAUGGAAGGAGAAGGUCAAAAUGCAGCGCAACUCCGCCAAAUGCUGCGGGAGAAGAAUGAAAAGAUCACUUUGCUCACAUCUGAAUUCGACGCACACCGAGCAGACUUCAGGAGCACGCUCGACUCGUUGGAAAUGGCAAGCACUGAGACCGAGCGUGUCUACGAGGAGCAAAAGCGAGACCUUUUGAUCCAGGCCGAGCAAAUGAGCGAGCGGAUACAGGAAUUGGAAGAUCUCAAUUCCAGCAAGAAGGAUUUCGAAGAUGUCGCGCGUCAGCUCAAGGGAUUGGAGGAGUUUGUGCAGGAGCUAGAGGAGGGUCUCGAAGACGCCCGGCGCGGCGAGGCAGAAGCUCGAGGGGAGGUCGAAUUCCUCCGCGGCGAAGUCGAGCGAUGUAGGUCAGAGCUCAAGCGCGAGCGAGAACGGUCGGCAGCGGCGAACGGCAUCGGUGCAUCGAAGGAGAUCGAACAAAAGGACGACGAGAUCCGUGGCCUGAAGGCCAUCAUCCACUCCAUGUCGACCGGCGACAGCAGCACGACCACAGCCACCCUCACCAAAGAAUCCGACGAGAUCAAACGCCUCCAAACCGCCCUCGACGACAGCAACAAAGAGAAGGAGACCCUCGAACACGAACUCGAGCAACUCCGCCGAAACACCGCCGUCACCAACGGCCACUCCCGCAACGAAAGCGACAUGACCGCCACCCUCUCCAACAGCGGCGGCGGCGGCGGCGCCCGUUCUCGCGCCAGCACUUUCCGCGCCACCUUCGUCGAGCACGCCCGCCGCGCCGCCCAAGAAAACCAAGCCCACCUCUCCACCAUCGCCGACGGCAGCACCGCGGCGGGCGGCGGCAGCAGCAAACCCGCCGCCGCCGACGUCUUCUGCGAGAUGUGCGAGUCCAAGGAACACGACACUUUCGACUGCACGCAUUUCCAGGGCAACCACGACACUUCGACCGAAGACGGCGAUCUGGACGACGCGGCUUCCAACGUCAUCAACCCUCUCGUGCCUGCCAGCAGCCAUCGUUCUCUGAGCCCGGGCAAGGAGAAUCAGGCGGAAGGUGGAAGAGCGGCCCACAAUGCUGCCAAGGCGAACGGGGAGAAGAAGAAGGACGACGAGGCGGAUAAAUGGUGUGCGCUCUGUGAGAAGGACGGCCAUCUGGCGUAUGAAUGUCCCGACGAGAUUUGA